AUGAACCCCCUGUCUCCAUAUUUAAAUGUGGAACCAUGCUGUCUCAUGCAGGACACUGAUGAGUUUAUUUUGCCAACUGGAGCUAAUAAAACCCGAGGCAGAGUUGAACUAGCUUUCUUUACCAUUGGAGGAUGUUGCAUGACAGCGGCUGCAUUUGAGACAAUGAAUGGUCUUCGUCUAGGACUGAAGGAAACCCAGAGCAUGGCUUGGUCCAAACCAAGAAAUGUACAGAUUCUGAAUAGGGUGACUAGGCAAGGGGCACCUUGGGCUAGUACUCUAGGUUCUCUGGCUUUGCUCUAUAGUGCAUUUGGUGUUAUCAUCGAGAAAACACGGGGUGCAGAAGAUGACCUCAGCACAGUAGCAGCCGGAACGAUGACGGGGAUGUUGUAUAAAGGAACAGGUGGUCUUUGAGGAAUAGCACGCGGUGGCCGGGCGCGACUGACACU